AUGUCGUGGGUUCGCGUUGAAUGCAGCGGUGGCUAUUGCUACGCAGCUCCUUCUCACGGCAGGUGCGUCCCAAAGCUGGAUGGAAUGGCGCGGCUCUUUCAGGCCCCAUUUUGCCUCCGGGAGCUACACGCCUUCACCACACUGAGCGACAAUGCCCCUGCCAUCUCCGGCCGGAACAACGGCGACUCGUGUGGUGUUCUUGGCACGGACGAGAGCGUGAACGCGUGCAUCAUCGUUGAUCAACGCAACUUGGGGGGCCAUCUUGGCCUUACGACGGUCACCGUCGGUGACGAGGAGGACGCCGGGGUGUCGGACUCGCCGCCGCUGCGGCUGCUGCUCAAUCGUGUGUUUGCAGUGCUCUGCAGCACAAGCGAGCGCGGUGUGCAACUUCUGUUGGACGCACUCUGUACCCGCGCACCGCCGCCGCUGACGGCAGUGGCAAGUGCUGAGGCCGCUAUCGUGCAUGAAGAUGAUGGCGGGCGACGUGUGCCACCUGCUCUGUGGCUCGCACGCACUCAAGAAGCAGGCAGCACUCCGCAGAAUACCUCCGGCGGCGUCGGCACCUCGUCCAAUCGACAGUUCCUGGCCAAGCUUACGCAGGGCUGCUCCACCGUCGAAGGUGUAGCCGGGGCUGUAGAAACACUGUCCCUGCAGCCACUCCUUUCGGAUAUGGCGGCCGCAACGAAGCCGAACCAUGCGGCACGCGCACUAACACAAGUGGCAUCCGGUACUGCAAGCACGCUGCCCGCGCAUCCGUCCACCGCCUUUUCCGAAUUUCCCGGGUCCGCCUCGCAGGUGAUCCGACCUCCCCUGAGCUACGCCGCUGCGCUGCGCCGCCGCUCGUUGCUUUUCUUUCUACCGCAAGGCGUUGUGCCACUGAGCAUGCUGGCGAUUCAUCUUCAGCUCUCCCCGCGGCAAGUGAAGUGCCAGCAGAAGGAAGCCGCCUCCGCACCCUGCGGUGGUGGGGUCAGCGCUCAAAGGGCUGCACUGAGUUUAACAGGAGACGCCUCUACCGCCACUGGCGGCUUAACAACAUCGCUUCAUGCCGUUCUUCUCGAGGAGCUGGAGCACGUGCGUGUCGGUGCCGUACGGGCAGGAGGGGGUCACGAGAGCAACUGUGCCUCUUGCGCGUCCGCGCAGGGGUGUUGCUGCGCGGUGCGGGUGCACUGUGUCUCGCACUUGCGACGACACGGUGACAAACUGCUCAAAAUGAACUCCAGCUGGGCCGCCGUGGCACGCACAGCCGAGGAGAGCGGCAGGGUGCUGAUGUGGGCGAUUGCACGGUUGCUUGCGGGCAGCGAGAGGCCGAUGCACACGAGUCAAGCCAUGGACCUGAGGCACCUCAUCUUGCAUGAUCUGUGGGCUCGCGAGCACUUGACUGGCGGCGAGGAGAGGGGAACCACCGCUAAUGGUCGCGCGGCGUCAGCAGCGCAAGCAGGCACGGCUCCUCUUGUGGCUGUUUACUCGCCAUCUGGUCUGCUGCUCGCCUCCGCCAAGUUCUCGAUGCUUCUCAGCCACGAGGAGCAGGUGCUGCUGUCGGCUGCUGCGAUCGACCGUUUGGCUCGCUACGCGGCACCUCGCUCUUUGUGCAGGCCUCAUGCAAGCGCGGCAGCUGCAGAUGCGCUCAGCUGGACAUCCUGGCCAAUGCGCAUGGGUGAAGCCGCAGGCAAGCCUUCCGCUGCGGUGGUAAUGGACGUGCUUCUCAUCACUGUUGGCGACGCCUUGGCCUUUUGUCUGGCCUUUCCACGUACGCCGUCUUCGGGAUCCGCGCCACCAUUGUCGUCGUUGCGGUCGGUGCAGUCGCUCCUGGAGUCUGCGGUGUCAAAGGCCCGCUCUCGAGUCGAGGUGCCUUCGACAGGGAGGUCCGCGCCACUCGCCUCCGCUUUGGUGUUUGCGUGUACGCACAGCACUACCCCUUACACGCCAACCUUCCACGAUGCCCUUUUCGCAGUGACGGCACUCGAGGACGCUCUGGACGCGGCGAAGAAGACGUCGUCAGGCGUGUCAGCGAACUCGGCGGCUGGUGAGCAGAUGGGCGUCGCACAAUACUUGCAUCAGUUACUUUGGCGAGAGAUGCUCCACAUGCAGACGCCGAAUGAACAGGGUGCUGGUGCCGCAGCGGAGAACGCGCCAGCUUUCACUAGUGGCGCAACAUCGACUCCGCACCCAGCGAACGUGAGCGCCGCGGUGGCCGCAAGCAGCUUGAUGAACAGCACUGGCGGGGAUGGACGCCAUCCGAAGAGGGUGUCAAGUGCGCUUCACAAGGUCUUCUCGUGCCUUCCGCUGCGCCACAACGAUUCGAGUAAAGGCGUCGCCUCAAGGCAACUGUACAUCACCGCAGCGCAGCAGCAGUCCAGCACCUACGUGAAUCACCCGAGCAAAGGGGUGCAUCUGUCGUCGCCGAUACCGCUGCUGAAUGCGUAUCGGACGCAGUGCAGCAACCCAUACGCCGCCUUUCUGCUGGCCAUGCCGCUGGAGGAGAUGCUGUGCUACGUCGCUGCCCUCGUCACCCGCAACGAACUAGGCACGCUGCGGCCCAGCUAUGAACUGGGGUUGCACUCCUUUUUCUUUCUACAACGGCCUGUUGCGGCAGCAGCAGCCAAGCACCGACACGCUGCAUCCGCAAAGGCGUCGGGGUCGCAAAUGUGGCAGACGGCGAGUGCCGCUGCGCAGCCGCCAGCACCGCCGACGCGGUUCGGCGUCUCGUUCGCCCGAUUUCGCCUGCAGCAGUCGUCGUGCACUCACGCCGUCAUACCGGAGGAAUGGGCUGACGCGGAUGGCGCACCAGACGGCUCUGGCGGCCGGCUGGCCUUCUUCGAGGACCCCUCGCUGCUGUUACGGCUCCACACGCAUGGUGUGUCACUCGAAGGAAACACUGUAGAUGGGAAGCGUGGGGAGGGCGAGGGCAGUGAGAGGGCGUACGGUGACACCAGCCAGUGGCUGAAAGAGUCUUCUUCAGUGGACGUCGCGCUAGAGACGCAGGUGUCUGUGGUGCCCGUGUGGACGCUUCUGCAGGCUGUACCCGACGAGUCGUUGGCAACCAGAGAGCGCAGUGGCUCGGACACAGAAACGAGCGACUCGGACUGUUUUGCCGCAGCCAAUGACUUCCGUGGUGUUCAUCGGUUUGUCCCCUCCAGCGUCGACGAAGACGUGCAGCUGGUCACCUCACUCCAUUACGCUUACCCACAGCGGCUCUGUCACCGCAAGCCGGCAGCUUCGCCAGUGAACGCAACGCUCUCGACACCUCCACCUGCUUCUGCGCAGCAUACAUCCUCCUCGGCUUUGCCGCAUCCACAACCCUCGGACUACUUACCACAGGCAAGCGCCACCGACACUGCCGCCGCAAGGCCCAAGAAAGACUCUGUUGCUCUGGCAUGGUGCCAAGUGGAGGCGGUGGUAAGCAUCUGCGGCGACAUUACUGGAACACGACAGAGCAUCAUGGCGAAGGCUCUGCAGCGUCACGCGCUCUCUAGGUCAGCAGAAGCAGAGCUCAUGGGCACGGAUCACAAACACGGCAGCGGCGGCGCUUCCGCGCUAUUUGCUGCCGUGGCGCCAGACAGCCUUCCAGCGGAGUGGGAGUACGCUGCCGGUGCGCCACCAAAGAUGGCGGAUCUGUGUCGCGAAGUGGUGUGGUGUCAAGAAGCGGCUCUGGCGCUGUUGGAGGGGGCUUCCUGUGCCACUUAG